CAAAUUAUUGUUAUUCAAUACAAUAACGUUGUAUUUUAAUUUUAUUCACAAAAGUUUCUUAGAGACUUUGUGAAUUUGCAUAAUAAUUACAAAAUUGCAGUAUAGAGGUAGUUACAGUCAAGUAAAGUUUUGUGGAAGGGUGUUAAAAGUGUAACAAACAUACGGUACCUAUAUAGAAUUGAUAAAAUCUAUCAUUACAUGACUCUACGAGUGUUUAUGAAUAUGGAUUUUCAAGUGUUGAAGUGACGUGAAAGCAUUAUUAUUGAUGGAUUUUAUAAAAUGAUUAUUCGAGCUGUACUUUACUGCCAUAUUCUGCUCAUUUCUACAGCGGUGGGAGGCAACGGCAAAACUAGAAAGGACUGGCAGGACGACCCGAAGGGCGCACGAUGUCUCACAGGAUACAUGACAGAUCUGCAAUCAUGGGUGGACGAAAAUGGCCAGCUCACUCCAUACGUCGAUAUAAACGCCGCAAUCGACAUGUCAAACAGGCCGAGUGUAGCGAGGACUCUGGAGCAAGAGUUGUCCGGGUUGAAGUCACCAAGACCACAACACAUCAGAUACAUGAGUCUGGCCAGGUGCUCUUUGACGCGAGUUCCUUCGGUGUUCCAAUUAAAGGACAACCAUGGUCGCAGAUUGGCUGAUACAUUAGAGUUUUUGACCCUCUACGGUAAUAAUUUUGGAAUACUCGACCCAUAUAUUGAGAUGUAUGAUGCUGAACUGAACGCCACUGAUGCCCAGGAAUUGUCGGUUUCGGACCAAUCUCGGAGACGAAUUUUGACAACCUGGUCUGCAGGUUUUCACAUGCACCCAAUGCGCACUCUAAAGGAGUUAGAUCUUCGAGAGUGUUCAAUACAAGUUCUUGGUGAUUACACCUUUCAGAGGAUGCCUGAAUUGAGGAAAUUAUACUUGAGCGAAAACUAUAUACACUUUAUUGAAUCCUAUGCUUUCGAUUCCAUGAAAAGUUUGAAACAUUUAGAUUUAAGUAAGAAUUACGCUUACGAUGAGAAUGGCAACCUGGCUGAUUUAGUUUUCGAGUCGAAUAAUGUUUUUAGUUAUUUAAAACUGGAGUCUUUAGAUUUUUCUUUCACGAGAUUGGGACAGCGAAAUCUUGGUAUAUUCACAGGCCUUGACAAGCAUUUUAAAAGGUUAUCCCUUUGUUAUUCAGCUAUAGGAAGAUUAAGAAACGGCACAUUUAAUAGUACGUCGUUAAAAGUACUGGACGUCUCUGGUAACGCUGACGUAAUAUGCACACCAGGAAUCUUGAGAGGCAUAGAAAAAACUUUAGAAGUGCUGUAUGCUGAUAAUGUUUCUUUGAAAAAUAUGGAAGGUUUUAUGAAUUUCACGCAUCUGAAAAUUCUAAAGUUAUCUAAUAAUGAGAUUAAUACAGUACCAGCAAACGUGGCUAAGACUCUGGCAGAUUUACAAAUACUUGAUUUAGACAAUAACAGAAUGAUGUCGUGGUCUAACAGCACCUUUAGUUUAAUGCCUAAGCUUAAACUUCUAUCAUUGAAAAACAAUAAUAUCAAUAUUAUAUCAAGAGAAAUGUAUAAUGAUAUAAAACAACUUUCAUUUUUGGGAUUAUCUGGAAAUUUCCUCGUUUGCAAUUGUCAUGCGAGAGACAUGUUUGAAGUUGCAUCAAACAAUGAAUUACUUUUUAAUAGCACGUACUUCAAAGGAUUCGGUGAAGAUACUGAAGAGCCUAAAUUAGCUUUUCAUUCUGGAUUCAAAGAUUUUAAUAAUGUUAUACGUGAAAGGAGGAAUAUUACAACUUUUUGUGAAGAAAGAGAAGCUUGUGACGUGGAAUUUAAUCACAAUGUUAGUGGAAAUUAUUUACUAUUGGACUACGCAGAUUAUUCAAGCCAAUACAGAUGUCUUCAAGUAUCUGAAGGAAAAUCUAUAGAUCUUUAUAAUGUACCAAGUUGCACGGCAAGUAAUAAAGACAUGGGUAGUAUGGAAGAACAAAUAUUAGAAAGUUGGGAUAAAUAUCUUCUACUCCUCUUACCCACAAUCUUACUACCAUUCUUGUUGUGUGUUUAUGUUUUUAGAAAGAACUUCAAAUACUUUUUGAUAACGAUACGGAAUUCGGCAACGUUAAGUUUGAUCAACAAAAAUGAUUCUUCUGACGAUGGCACAAUUUUCCACUAUGAUGUGUUUGUAUCCUAUUGCAAUGAAGACAGAGAAUGGGUUUUGGAUAAUCUGCUAUCUCACGUGGAAAAGGACUGUAAUGUCAGCGUAUGUCUUCAUGAAAGAGAUUUUCAGGUUGGUCUUUCAAUUUUGGAAAACAUAGUAUCCUGCAUGGAUCGUUCUCGGAUGAUCAUGCUGAUCAUCUCCAAGAGGUUUCUGCUGAGCCAGUGGUGUCAAUUUGAGAUGCAUCUUGCUCAACAUAGGUUGCUAGAAACCCGCCGAGAAGAUCUCAUAUUAGUUCUUCUAGAAGAAAUACCAAGACGUCUUCGACCAAAUACUCUACACUAUUUGAUGUUAACUAAAACCUACAUCGUAUGGCCGCAAGAAGAAUCGGAACGGAGUAUAUUUUGGAGAAGAAUGAAAAAGAGUCUUGUUACACAUAAGUUGAAGAGUACAGAGAAUGUAUCUUUAGCCUGAGACUUUGUAUGUUAGAUACGGACGAUACUGAGAUGAAACUAAUUCAGUAAGCGUAAGACCACUAUAAAGUUAGUAUUAUGUUUGAAGGAAAAACAAAGCCAAGAAGACUUUUAUUGACAAAAGGUUUUCAAAAAGAUCUCGAGUGUGAUCUUACGCUGUAUUUACGAAGAUUUGCAGAUGAUUAUAUUAAAGAUAAUAUAGCAACAUAGUAACGCAGGAAACGUAAAAAUGAUAUAGAUAGUUCUUCAAUAACUAGCCCAGGGGUCCUCAAAACCAAAAUUAAAAAUUGAUUGUAUGGCCUAUUAAAAUCAGUAGAUUCGUACCUGAAAUCGCUUGAUUUGUAUUUUAAAUCAAAAAUCGAUACAAAAAAAAAUAUUACUGGUGUCUUUAUGCUGAAAUUGUAUAAGUCAAUGAAUAAAGUACUGAGAUUUCAAAAAUUGCACGAAAUUGGUAAAUUCGGUGUAUCAGUACUCAGUUUGGUAGAAAUACAGAAAUAGUAUAUAGUAAGAAUAGUAGCUUCAAAAUCUCUGGACAUUGGAUAAGGCCUCUAUUUAACAGUAGGUUGUUAAUAGGGUACUUAUUGAAGUCCUUUAGUCUUAAGCUUACCUCAGUGUAGAAAUGUAACUAAAAAGUUUUGUUCUGUUGUUACUUGAUAUUAAAUUCAUAUUUUCAUUUAUAUUUUGUUGU